CAGUGCGCGGCGCAUGUAUUUCAAGAUGGAUCGGGGAUUUAGGAAAACUUUUGCAUCGUAGAAAAUGGUCAGAAAGCCUCUACAGAGCCAAAGCACCAGAGGAUACUCAAUUUAUUGACAAGUUUAUCACAUAAUUGAAGACUUUUUAUAGUUUUCAAUGGGCGUUUACCACUUUGCCACGGUGCUUUAUUCCCAACAGAUCUUGUUCGACGAGGAUAUGAAGAAUGAACACGGAGUGGAUUAGAUUCGCCUGAAAAGGAACAAACCGGGAUAUAAAAAGUUCUCUCUCGGAUAUCACCUCAAUGUGGUCAGCAGACAACAGUCGCCCUUUUUGCGAAGUUAUAUGAUGGCGACACAUCGGAUGAGUCCGAGUGAGGAGGAUGAUGAUGCAACUCUAUCGGCCAGGCUGCCCAUUGGCGAGGAUGGAGGAGUGGAUCACGCCGACUCCAUGGGUAGCCUGUUCCUGGCGGAGGAGGAGCCCUUCUCCUGGCCGGGCCCCAAGACCCUGUGCCUCCGACGCACCGCCCAGGGCUUCGGCUUCACCCUGCGCCACUUCAUCGUGUACCCGCCCGAGUCGGCGGUGCAUUCCUCCCUCAAGGAUGAAGACCAUAGCCACAGGGGGAGACAGCGGGGCAGGUUGGAGCCCAUGGACACGAUCUUUGUGAAGCAGGUGAAGGAGGGAGGACCCGCGCACGGAGCCGGCUUAUGCACAGGAGACCGCCUAGUCAAAGUGAAUGGAGAGAGUAUCAUUGGCAAGACAUACUCGCAGGUCAUAGCCUUAAUUCAAAACAGCGAAGCAUUCCUGGAACUCUGUGUAAUGCCAAAGGAUGAGGACAUUCUGCAGCUGGCCUACUCCCAGGAUGCCUACCUUAAAGGUCACGACCCUUACAGCGGAAACGCGUGUCACAUCCCCCAGCCGCCCCCUGUAUGCUACCCUCGCAUAGACUGUAAGCCCCCCUCAGGGAUGGCCCAGGCUACAGAGAGCCCAUCCUCGGGGGGGCAUCCGUCAGAGCUGGGCUACCGUGUGGAGAUCCCCAUGCCCCCCUCCCCUCCCCUCCCCCUGGCCCUCCCCAAGGCGCAGACAGCCGUGUGCGUGUGCAGCGACACCGGCGUGCGGACGGUCGUCGUGCCCCCCGAUGGCCACAUGGUCCACCCUGGCCCCGCGCACCGGGGCGACUAUGCCAUGAUGGCCCCCGAGCCGGUCAUGAUCCGGCCGCGACCCAGCGCUGUUCCCGGCGGCGGACGACCCGCCUACCCACACCCACGUAAGGCGGACAUCUACCCAGGUUACCAUGGCGAGCCCUACGGAAUGCAGCCGGUGCAGUUCCACCCGGGCGCCUCGGCGUCGCCGGGCUCGCACCAGAACAUCGACUGGCGCUCCUACCAGACCUACCGGGAGUACAUCGACAACAAAGGGCUCCACGCGUACGGCCGCACUAUCCAGGAGCGGCUAGACAGCCUUCGGACCGCCCCUCAGGGUGUCCACCGGGGUAUGCCUUGCGGCCCGCCACCCCCUCCCUCCGCCUGGGACCCGCGGCUUCGCCGGCGCAGCACAUCUCACGAGCGCUCCUACGCCGGCCCGGCCAUGAGGCCGCCUCCGCGCAGCGCCUCCCAGGACCGUAUGAUUGGCUCAGAGCGAGCGAGGCACCACCCCGACUGGCCGCCCCGCAGCACGUCGCAGGACGGCCUCGUCCGCAAGGCUCGCGCUCGCUCCACGGACUACGUGGAGCACAUGGACCUGAUGCAGCCCGGCGGCGCCGCCUGGCCGGUGGACCGCCGCAUGUACGCACCGCAGCGCGCCGAGCCACAGCCACCGCAUCCACAGCAGCGGCUCAGCCGUCAGUCGCAACCGCCGCGGAGCGCCAUGCUGCAACGGAGCCCCGCCGGCUACCCGGGCCCGAACAGCAGCGUACGAGGCCGAGCACAGAUCGGCUCCCGCACGGACAUUCCUCCUCCCAGCGUACCCGCUGAGAGGCCACCCUGCCUGGGCCUGGCCCUGACUCCUGAGCCCACCCCCAAAGACCAAAGAGCAGCCGGAAACCACCUGUCGCACAUGCCUCACCACCUGCAGCAGCAGCAGCAGCAGCAGCAGCGGUCGCGGGCGGAGACGCUACAGGCGAUGGAGGCGGGCCGUGAGCGGGACAUGGUGGUGGGUGCACGCUCCUCCUCCUGCUCCUCAGCUCCGCCACCACAGAGGUCGCCAGCUGUGCUCAGGCCACACCUACAGGAACAGCAGCUGAGCCCCGCUGCUAACGGGCGCGGGACGUCAACGGACAACGUGGUGAUGCGCGAGAAGCCGCCCGCGGGAAAGAACGGGCCGCAGCCGCUGAGGCACCCGUCCUACAUCCUGGCGGUGAACGACGACCCGCCGGGCGCCGGAGCUGCGGGCGCCACCGGAUCGCCGGCUUCCUGCUGGCUGCCCAACGACGCCCGACGGGAGGUUCACAUGCGGCGGAUAGGAGAGUCGCUCAACGAGUCCUUCUCCAGCACACUGGACGAGUCCCUAGACUCCAUCCCCUUCAUCGAUGAGCCUGCGAGCCCCAGUGUUGACCGGGAUGCCACCCACAUUCCAGCCUCAGUCGUGAUCGCUGGCCCCUCCACCGCGACUGCAGCCACACCCAGCCCCACCACCCCUUCCCCACUCAUCCACCGCCAGCUGUCACAUGACCAAGAAUCCCUCAAAAAUGCCAUCUUGGAAUCGCAGAAUGGAACGAAGACCGAACGGUCCAAAUCAUACGACGAAGGCUUGGACAACUACAGAGAGGAGGGCAGAGGGCGGUCCUCCUCCAAACACAUGCCCAGCCUGAAAGUGUUCCGAAGGGCCGUGGAUGGUCACAAGUCCUCUGAGGACUCUGGCUCGAGGAGGGAUUCCUCCUCAGACGUGUUUGUCGACUCCUCAAAGGAGGGAUUGAUGAACUUUAGGCAGCUCAACACAGACAAAAACAAGCGCGUGGGAGGCGGUAUCCGCGCUUGGAAGCAGAUGUACUCGGUGCUGCGCGGCCAUUCCCUCUACCUCUACAGGGACAAGAAGGAGUGCAUUGCUCACGCCCAGUCCCAGCUCGAAGAGGUGCCUCAGCCAAUCAGCAUCAAGGCCUGCCUGAUUGACAUAUCGUACAGCGAAACAAAGCGCAAGAAUGUGCUCCGGUUGACCACGUCGGACUGCGAGUACUUGUUCCAGGCAGAGAACCGAGAUGACAUGCUGUCUUGGAUCCGUGUCAUCCAGGACAACAGCAACCUGGACGAGGAGAAUGCUCCAGUGACGAGUACGGACCUCAUCAACCGCAAGAUCAACAUGUACACCAUGAUGAGUGCCCCCAGCAAGAGCAAGAGUCAAAGUCCACACUCCCCCAAACAUGAGGACAGAAAGAACUACAGUAAGGACGACUCGAGUCCUCCGCGGGACAGGUGGCGGAUUCCCGGGAGGAAGAAGCCCACCGAGAAAAAGCAGACGGCAGGCGUCACCUUUGGGGUGCGCUUGGACAACUGCCCCCCUGCACAAAACAACAGGUGUGUGCCGCUGAUAGUGGAGGUGUGCUGUAAGCUGGUGGAGGAGCGAGGGCUGGAGUACACGGGCAUCUACCGUGUCCCCGGCAACAACGCGGCCAUCUCCAACAUGCAAGAGGAGCUGGACACCAAAGGCAUGAACGACAUCGACAUCGAGGAAGACAAAUGGCGGGACCUCAAUGUUAUCAGCAGCCUUCUGAAAUCCUUCUUUAGGAAGCUUCCAGAGCCAUUGUUUACAAAUGAGAAAUAUGGAGAUUUCAUUGAUGCCAACCGAAUACCAGACCCUGUUGAAAGGUUAAAAGUGCUGAAAAGGCUGAUCCAUGAAUUGCCAGACCAUCACUACGAAACCCUCAAGUAUCUCUCUGGGCAUCUGAAGCUUGUGUCGGAGAACUGUGAGAAAAAUAAGAUGGAGCCACGGAACUUGGCUAUCGUCUUUGGUCCAACACUGGUGCGGACAGCUGAGGACAACAUGACGAACAUGGUCACUCACAUGCCAGACCAGUACAAGAUAGUGGAGACCCUGAUCCAGCAGUAUGACUGGUUCUUCGUUGACGAUGGGGAAGAAGAACCAAUAGGGGUAACGGAGCAGGACAGUACAGUACAGUCACAGCCGGUCCCCAACAUCGAUCACCUGCUCCCCAACAUUGGACGCACCGCCACCACUCCCGGCGAAGUCUCAGAUUCCGCCAGUGAUUCAGCCAGAUCCAAGGGCUCGUGGGGUUCUGGGAAGGACCAGUACAGCCGGGAGCUGCUGCGCUCCUCCAUCUUCGCCAGCCGCAAACGCAAGAAGCCCAAAGACAAGUCGCAGCCCAGCAGCUCGGACGACGACCUCGACGCCCUCUUCCCCAAGAAGGAGCCCCAAGAGCAGAGCGGCGGCGGCCAGCCGGCCUGGUCGCAGCAGCCCGAGGAGGAGGGGGGACCGGGGGAUGAUGACGAGGGUGACGAGGAGGAGGAUGAGAACCGAGCCCAGGGCCACCUCCACCAAGAAGAGGAAGUCCGGCGGGAGAACGGCAAGUGUGGAGUGAGCGUCGGCGUGACGGAGGAGCAGUGUCCGAGCCACCUGGAGCAGACUCCCGGUGGCACGCUGCUUCCCAAUGGUGGCGGUGAUGAUGGUGGGGUUGACGACUUGACCCACCAGCCUGAGGCUGAGCUCUGCCCCUCCCCCAAGCCAGGCUCCUCCCCCAGCCUCAGCUACCGCAUGCAGGCGGUGCGGCAGUGCUCGCUGUCGGACCCGCCGUCGUCGGUGUACGACGAGGGCUGCACGUCGGACCUGGGCACGCUCAACAGCACCAGCUCGCAGGCCUCGGCCGGACGGCCUCCGCGGCAGCGCAGCAGGAUCCCAUGCGGCUGGACCGCCGAGGGGGCGGCUGCGGCGGCCGAGGUGUGCUCCAUCACGUCCGACUACUCCACCACCUCCUCCAUGACCUUCACCACGGUGGGCGGGGACAGCGCCAGCACCAUCAUGAGCCCCGAGUUGCGGCCGGGCGCAGAGAGCCGCGGCACCGUGGCCACGCACGACGACGACGCCGACGACGAACGCAGCGAGCUGGUGAGCGAGGGCCGGCCCAUGGAGACGGACAGCGAGAGCGACCUGUCCGUGUUCGCCGUGUGCCGGGAUAUAGGGCCCAGCCUGGAGGACAGCGGUUGCAAGGAUCGCGGCGUGUGUACAACGGUACCGAUCAGCUCUGCCCCGGAGAUGGCCAACGCCUGCGGGAGCAGCCUGGCUGCCUCUCAGCGGCUCAUCGCCGGGGACACGCUGGCCCGCAAGAAGAGCAGCCGGCAGAAAACGGACAGCGAGUCGUCCGUGGAGUCGUCGGGGCGCAGCGAGCGAGACCCCGGGCGUCUGGCGAGGGUCCUGGGUGUGGUGAAGGGCCGCUCCUCCACUGGCAGCCUCAGCUCCUCGUCGCAGCGCUGCAGCGGAGGAGAGCAGCCGGCCUGCGGCGGCGACGGUACGGGCAGUGGUGGCGAGCGCGGCGCGGGUGGUAACGGCAUAGCCGGAGCAGGAGCAGGAGCAUCCGCCGACAGCCAAGCAUGGCGGCUGAAGAUCACCGACCGCCUUAAGUUCCGCCUGCGUUCAUCGGCGGACGACAUGUUCGGCGUGGGCCGCUCGCCCGAGACGCGCGCUAAGCGCAAGGGCAACAUCCGGCGGCGGCACACGAUGGGUGGGCAGCGGGACUUCGCCGAGCUCACGGUACUGGGCGAGCCCUCGGAGCUGUCGGCCGUGGACCGCCUCAAGCCCAAGUGCAGCUCGCAGGACUUCUCCAUCCGCGACUGGAUCGUGCGGGAGCGGCACCGCGUCAGCAACCCCGAGGUCAGCUUGCUGGGCGCCGCCUCCUCCUCCUCCUCCUCCCAGACGCUACAGGGUCUCCCCCACGACUGCCCGGUGCAGGGGGACGGGGGGCUGGCCAACGGAGACGGCCUCUCCGCCCAGGGCAAGAGCCUAAGCCUGGGCGCUGACGCACACCCCCACAAACUGUCUGGCUCACAAGUGGUCCGCUCGCGUUUCUAUCAGUACCUGUGAGAGUACAAGUACGCAUGUACGUCUGUGUGUGUGUUUUGUGUGUGAAUGAGAUUGUGCGAGAGAACUUUUUAAUUUUUUUUGUUUUUAAUGGUCCACAUCUGCUUUAAUAAUGAAUUGUAUGGGUUGUACGUGUCCCUGUGUGUCGCAUGUGAAUGAACUCACCAUGGGGUGUCUUUGUGUACGUUGUUGUGUAUCUCUGUGGACACUGACAGCAUAUAGGGUACGUGUGUAUUUCGGGGGUCCCAAAGAGGCGACGGGACGGUUAGACGAGGCUGCUGGUGUGUCCUCCUCCUCCAUUCCCUUUCCCAUUCCCACCCCAGGAAACCACUCAUCAACACAGGGGAGACCCGCACCAUGUGGGGGUUCCCUCUCUCACCUCCGCCUCUGAACCCCAAGUAUGGCUGGAAGACUGUGAGGUAUUGCUGGGAUAAAGUGAAGCUUGUUAAGUGAUGGAAAGAGGAUUGAAAGUUUUUAUUUUUUAUUCUUUUAUUUUUGUUAGAAUGGGCAAGGGUGUUUUUUUGUUGUUUUUUUAAGAGAACUUUUAGGGCUGACUUAGUAGGUCACACUAAGGAAGGAUUAGGAAGGAUGUGAUGUGUUUUUUUAAAAAAAGGACUGGUGCGUAGUGUUGUAAAAGUAUUGCUGGAGGAAAAACAUUUUCUUUUCUUUGAAAAUGUGUGGAGGUCCCAAAGGGUUUCCCCUGUGUGCCUCUAGGUAACCAAAUGAAGAAUGUAAAUGCUUGCUGUUCUUACGUGACUUUUAAGACAAGAAAAAAAAGAAGUCAAAAAAAGAAACAGAGUUGGUAGUGUGCUCAUCUCCUUUCAGGAAAAUGGUGUACAUAUCCUCCACUCUCUCUCUCUCUCUCUCUAUCUCUCUCUCUCUCUCUCUCUCUCUCUCUCUCUCUCUCUGUACUUGAAACAUGUUCUCUGCAGAUGGUUUUUGUUCUCCAGGCCUUCCCGGGGGAUUGAUUGGUGUGCUGUGCAUGGUCGUCUCAGACAAAGUGAUGCAGUAACCAGGCUCGACACCUUUUAAAAUGGCUUUAAAAAGGACAGAUGAACUAUAGGAAAACAAAAUUGUACGACACUACCGUAACCAAACUCAAAACACUGAAGGAAGUAAUUUUCCGUUCAUGCAAUAGAGAAUUUGUGCAUCAUAACACUAUUCCUUGCAUUUGAAAGCAACAAUUGGGGUAGAGGAAGUAGAGUGGAGCAGGGAAAAAAAUGUUUCUCAAGCUUGAUGAGUGAAAAGUGCCUCCUUUUGAACUGAUUUGGGGUCAGUAAGGGUGCCAUACUGUCUUUCUGUACUGAUGUGUUUUCACCAACAUGUACUGUGAAAGAUGUCAUUUUUAUCAACAAGAAACUCAUUUUCCAGAACUCUUCCAUUCAUGGAAACCUAAACACGGGAGCUUCCAUUCUGUGAGCAUUCCGCUUGGGUCUUAACACAUUUUUAUACAUGACACUUUUUGGUUCAUUUUUUUAUUAUUCAGUUUUGAUUUGUGUUUGCUUUCUGUAAUGGAACUUGAAUUUUAGAUUUUCCUCUGUAUAAUAACUUCAAAUGUACAUAUCUAUUCCAUGUUUUAGCUGCUUUUACUUCCUGUUUUUCCUUCUCCCCCUCCUCCUUUCUUCCAUUGAUUUCCUUGACGGGGGUUCUUGUCUUGGCACCUGUUCCAGGGAUGUCAAGUACUUGGCUCCUUAGGGGGUGGGAUGGGGGGUGUCAGAAGAACGAACUAUGGUGGUCUGAUGUCGAGAGGGUUGGGGGGAGGGGUGUGUGUGUUGUGUGCGCGUAGGGAGGGUGAGGUAAACGGGGAUAACACGCCCAAUCCCGCUUGGCCUCCAUUCUGCCUUGACCAUUUGUACCAAGCCGGGUCCACUCUGGGAGUGGGCGCGAGCCUCCUGAGAACACUGGACAAUAAAAACCCUUCAUGUCUGACUAAA